AAAGGAGGACACCUCCCCACCAAACUUACCCACUUUUCCUUUCUCUUUACCCAUCAUAGCAUAGCCCUCAUUUGAAGGGAAAGAGAGAAAGACUCAGUCUUUUUAUGCAAAUUGGUCUUCUCGGCGGCGGUGGAUUGAUUGUUCACGAUGUCAUCAUCGGAGGAGUCUUAUUCGUACCCUGAUGAGUCCGACCUCGAAUUGGGGCUUGGCCUCAGCCUUGGAGGUGGAAAGACUAAGACUAAAACCAAGCAUCCGGCGGCGGCGUGGGAUCACUAUGCAAGAAUCUUGACUGCUAAGGAUUUUGCUGGGGUGGUUUCUGACAAAACGUCGUCGUCUUCUUCGUCUUCGUCUUCGUCUUCGUCUUCCAUUACUAAAGUGAAUACUAGCGGCACCAAGAGAACUGCUGAGUCGCCCUGUUCGCCUCCCGCCCGUUCUGCAAUUAGUCAGGUUGUUGGAUGGCCUCCUGUCCGAACUUAUAGAAUGAACACUGUGUCGAACCAGGCAAAAUCGCCAGUCACUGAACAACUUUUGUCCAUUGAUGAUAAAUGUAAAAGCAAGAACGCUGAUACACCCAAUCCCAAUCAUGGAAGCUGCAAAAAUAACAAUAUUUCAAAGGAAAAAGGAUUUGUCAAAACAUCUUUGUUUGUAAAGGUGAACAUCGAUGGGGUUGCAAUCGGUAGAAAGGUUGAUCUGAAUGCUCAUACCUGCUACGAGACUUUAUCUCGGGCGUUGGAUGACAUGUUUAUGCCAAGUGCAUCAGUUGGGGGCAGAGGAUCAAAUAUGGAAAGGCAAGCUUCUGUUGCUGUUAAAAGACAACCUGUUAGAUUUCUGGAUGGUUCAUCUGACUUUGUUCUUACCUACGAGGACAAGGACGGAGAUUGGAUGCUUGUCGGAGAUGUUCCCUGGGAGAUAUUUCUGAGUUCUGUGAGGAGGCUCCGGAUCAUGAGGACGACUGAUGCCAAAGGACUUGCUCCAGGAUCUCAAGAAAGGAACAUGAGACGGCCAGUUACUCCCUUAUAGAGAACACACCCCGCCUAGACGAUCUCUCUUUAGAAGCUGGAAGCUUGAAGAUGAAGAUGUUACCCCCGUUUUGGUUUGGCUUUGCCUGAAUGAUUUUGGUCGCUUUUACAGCUUAAUACUAAUAAUAUUCCAACACACCCUUCAGCCAGGACGCCACCUGCAUCUGCACAACGCGGAUGCCCCCAUCCCUUUUUUUUCUGUUUGUAGGUAAACCAUACCAAGCAUUGCCAUUUGAUACAAUGUAAGUAUAGAAAUGGCAAGUUUGCCCAUUUUCUUUUCUCGUGUUGCACUCACCAACUGCUACAUUCCCACCUGGUUUAAAGAAGGGAAAAAUAUGUAUAUCAUUUGCUUUUGCACAA